UAUCGAAUCGAGCUUACACCCCUGAUAAACCCUAAUCGGUGACCUGUUUCGCGCCUUCCUUUCUCCUUGGUGUGGAAGCUCUGAUUCCAUGGCUAAGACGAAGAAGAAACCCAUGAAGGAGGAGAAGCCCAACGAAGAAGAGACGAGAGAACAAGUAGAGAAAGUAGUGGAACGGAGAGACAAUAAGGAGGGAGACGAAUCCGAAGAUGGAGGAGAAGAGGAGGUGGAGAAGAGUUUCGAGGAAUCAGGCCUUGAUUCUCGGCUAAUCCGUGCGCUGAAUAAAAAGGGUAUUCAUAAGCCCACGCCUAUCCAACAAACAGCAAUUCCUUACAUUCUGGAAGGAAAAGAUGUGGUUGCUCGGGCUAAGACGGGUUCCGGUAAGACAUUGGCGUAUCUUUUGCCACUGCUUCAGAAGCUUUUCUCUGAUUCCGGGAGCAAGAAGAGGCUUGCUCCAGCGGCGUUUGUUCUUGUUCCGUCGCGGGAAUUGUGUCACCAGGUUUACUCCGAGGUUUCAUCACUUCUCGACUGGUGUAGGGUUCAACUGAAAGCAGUGCAACUGACUAGUAGCAUGCCUGCAUCUGAUAUGCGUACUGCAUUGGCUGGACUACCCGACAUUGUCGUCUCUACGCCUGCUUGUAUACCUAAAUGUUUUUCUGCCGGAGCAUUGCAGCCCGCAGCUAUCAGUGACUCGCUUGAAAUUCUUGUUCUUGACGAGGCAGAUCUUCUGUUGUCAUAUGGCUAUGAAGAUGAUCUGAGGGCAUUAACAUCGAUUAUCCCAAAGCGUUGCCAAUGUCUUCUAAUGUCUGCUACCACAAGUUCUGAUGUUGAAAAAUUGAAGAAAUUGAUUCUGCACAACCCUGUCACAUUGACCUUGCAAGAGAGCGGGGGCAGAAAGGAGGAACCUGUCCCGAAAAAUGUUCAGCAGUUCUGGGUUUCAUGCAGUGCUCAGGAUAAGUUGCUUUAUAUGUUAGCUCUCUUGAAGCUAGAGUUGGUUCAGAAAAAGGUUCUGGUCUUCACCAAUACUAUUGACAUGGGUUUCAGGUUGAAAUUGUUCUUAGAAAAGUUUGGAAUCAAGUCUGCCAUCCUAAAUGCGGAGUUGCCACAGAAUUCUCGGCUUCAUAUCCUUGAGGAAUUCAAUGCUGGUCUCUUUGAUUAUUUGAUAGCAACGGAUGGUAGCCAGACAAAAGAAAGGGAGCAAGCUAGUGGUGAGAGUAACAAGGACAAUAACAAAUCCAGAAAGCGAGCCAAGCCAAAGUUGGACUCUGAGUUUGGUGUAGUUAGGGGAAUCGACUUCAAAAGAGUUCACACGGUAAUAAACUUUGACAUGCCUCGAAGUGUUACAGGAUAUAUUCACCGAAUUGGGCGUACAGGGAGAGCAUACAGUAGCGGUUCCUCCAUCUGUCUUGUUUCUCCAGAUGAGAUGGAAGGAUUUGAAGAAAUAAAAGACUUCUUAGCAGGUGACGAUAACAAGGAAGCUGAAACAAUCACGCCCUUCCCUUUAUUGACAGAGACUGCAAUAGAGUCGUUACGAUAUAGAGCCGAGGAUGUUGCAAAGAGUGUUACGAAAAUUGCAGUAAGGGAGUCCCGAGCUCAGGAUUUGAGGAAUGAGAUUAUCAACUCUGACAAGUUGAAGUCUCAUUUUGAGGCGAACCCAAGGGACUUAGAUCUGCUGAAACACGACAAGGUGCUGAGCAAAGAACCGGCAGCACCGCAUCUAAGAGAGAUACCAGAGUAUCUAGUGGAUCAUAAAACGAAAGAGGCGAGCAAGAUGGUGAAGAUGGCGAGGGCUGCCAUGGGAAACAGCGGCAGCAGACGCGCAAACAGGAAAAGACCCAGAAAAGGCAGCGACCCCCUUAAAUCGUUCAACCCCAACGGACCUAAAAGCCGAACCAGGGAAAGCAGCAACCUCAAGAAACAUAAAUCUGUCUGAUUAGGUCCGGUGAGUGAAAUAUUUUCGUCCGCUUGUUAUAGAAAUUUCGAUUUAAUGUGUUGUCUCAGCUAAAGUUAUUUGACAAUGUAAAACAAUGGAACUGGUCUGGGUUCCAAGUGAAUCACGCGGUGAGGCAGGCACUUGACCAAACGGUCACAAGCCUCAUAUUGCUUGAAACUC